AGUUAAUAUACUUUGAUUCAUUCAAAAGCGUCAUAUAAGAGACGAAACUACUUUAUAAAAUUAUUUUAUUGUUAAGAGAGCUUCGUCUGAGUCUCUGUUAAAAUGCGUGAAUGUAUUUCUAUACAUCUUGGUCAAGCUGGUUGUCAGAUUGGCAACGCUUGUUGGGAGUUAUAUUGCCUUGAGCAUGGUAUUAAUCCUGAUGGUACUCCAGACGUUGAACAUAAACCUGAACCUGGAGAUUCGUCUUCUUCUUUUUUUACAGAAAUGGAAAGUGGAAGAAAAGUUCCUCGUGCAGUUUUUGCCGAUUUAGAGCCUUGUGUAAUUGACGAGAUUAGAACAAAAUCUUUCAAAGAUUUAUUUCAUCCGGACCAACUUAUAUCUGGUAGUGAAGAUGCGGCAAAUAACUUUGCAAGAGGACAUUAUACAGUUGGUAAAAAACUUUUAGACAAAGUUUUAAGCUACGUCGUAAAACAAACCGAGGCAUGCGAUGGUUUGCAAGGUUUUCUGGUAUAUCAUUCUUAUGGCGGUGGAACUGGUUCAGGGUUUACUGCUAGGCUUAUGGAAGCUCUUUCUGUGCAAUUUGGGAAAAAAAGCAAGUUGCAGUUUUCCAUUUAUCCCGCACCGCAAGUAUCUACUGCCGUGGUUGAGCCAUAUAACUCUGUGUUGACUACGCAUUUUACUUUUGAUCAUUCAGACGUCGCUUUUUUGUUUGAUAAUGAAGCAAUUUAUGAUAUAUGUAGAAAAAAUUUAGAUAUUGAGCGCCCAACAUACGUAAAUCUUAACCGACUAAUCAGUCAAGUGGUAUCUUCAAUAACUGCAUCUUUAAGAUUUGAGGGUGAACUUAAUGUUGAUCUGAAUGAAUUUCAAACAAACUUAGUUCCCUACCCGCGAAUUCAUUUUCCAUUGGCUAGUUUUGCUCCAAUCAUAUCUCGUGAGAAAGCAAACCAUCAAAGCAUGGAUACUCAUGAAAUCACGAAAAGCGUUUUUGAGCCUGGUAAUAAAAUGGUUAAGUGCAAUCCAAGUGGAGGAAAAUACAUGUCGUGUUGUAUGCUUUAUCGUGGAGAUGUUAGACCGCGAAAUGUUAAUGAUGCAAUUUCAAAAAUUAAACAAAUGCAGAACAUACAUUUUGUAGACUGGUGUCCCACUGGCUUCAAAGUUGGAAUAAACAGCCAAACGCUUGUCAUUCCUAAAGAUAGCGAAAUUGCCGGUGUAAAACGUGCUUUAUGUAUGUUAAGUAAUACGACAGCAAUGGCCGAAUUAUGGAAAAACUUAGACAGAAAGUUUGAUUUAAUGUACAGAAAGAGAGCAUUUGUACAUUGGUACGUUGGAGAAGGAAUGGAAGAAGGAGAAUUUAGUGAGGCCAGAGAAGAUAUGGCUGGAUUGGAGCGUGAUUAUGCUGAAGUUGGUGCAGACGCACCCGAUGAUAAGGCUGGAGAAGAUAAUCAGUAUUAAAAAUAUACACUUUUUUUAAAAACGCACUCAUUGCAUUGUAGCUCUCAUGUCAAAGAAAUAAAUUUUUUGUCUCUUGA